UUGGACAUGGCCAGGACCAGCUUAUGCCUGGUGCCGAUUCUCUGCCAAUUUUUGGGACUACAAGCCGCUCUGCUGGACUCCCUGCUCAAUCAGAGUACCAUCUACUAUCUGAAAUCUUCAGGGGAUGUUGCCUUGGAGAAUGUGGAUCAGUUGGCCUCUGUGGAGUCUGUCAAGUUGAUUGUGCACGGUUAUCUGGGAUCUCGCACACAUGGCUCUAUAAUGCCUCUGAGAAAUGCCUAUACUGCUCAGGGAUAUGAGAAUGUUUUGGUGGCUGACUGGGGUCCUGUGGCCAAUCUAGAUUAUCCCAGCUCGCGAUUGGCUGUGAAGAAAGUGUCUAGCAUUCUAGCCAAACUAUUGGAAGAGUUUCUUCAGCGCCAUGGAAUCUCCUUGGAGGGAGUCCAUGUCAUAGGACACAGUUUGGGUGCUCAUAUCGCAGGACGAAUAGGACGUCAUUUCAAUGGAUCCUUGGGCAGAGUUACGGGUCUGGAUCCGGCUCUGCCCCUUUUUUCAAGCCGAUCGGAUGACAGUUUGCACUCGAAUGCCGCUCAGUUCGUGGAUGUGAUUCACACGGACUACCCUUUGUUUGGGGACAUUCGUCCUCGUGGAACGGUGGACUUCUAUCCGAAUUUUGGUCAUGCUCCACAACCAGGAUGCGAAAAUGUGGAUGUUGUUGCAGCCAGUAAGCUACUCCACGAAGCUUAUAGUUGCAGUCAUAACCGAGCUGUCAUGUUUUUCGCUGAAUCAGUUGGAAUGCCUGAGAAUUUUCCAGCGAUUUCCUGCAGCUUGGCGGCCAUUAAAAGUAGGCGUGUUGAGGACUGCCUAAGGGAAAAAUCAAAAGCUAGUACGGGAAACGCCAAUGAAUAUCAAACUGUUUUUAUGGGCGAACAUGUUAACCGCAGCGCCACCUUGUACUAUUAUUUGGAAACUAAUGGAGCGCCACCCUACGGCCAGGGCAGGAACUCACAUUUCUGAGUUUUCGUUUGACACUUACGUAUAGAUGGCGGUAAUAGCGCGAAAGAAUGUAUUGCUUCAGAAAUA